GAAAUACACGGAAAGCCUGCCAACUGCAUUUGUAGCUAUUUCCCCCCCAUGACUGCAUUUCCCAUGGCGCCCGCUACUGCUGAUAAGUAGGGGGACAUAUUAGCUAACGUAUCUUAGUUGGUUAAACUACAUGUUUUACAACAGAUUUUAAUUUAUUUUAUUUUUUUAAAUUGUAACCGGCCAUGACCGUGGAGCAGAAUGUCCUCCAGCAGCAUUCGCAGAAGACACUACUGAACCAGCUGAAGGAAGUGACCGGAACUACAGACUCCCAGCUCUUGCAGCAGGCCCUGCAGGUCAGCAAUGGUGACCUGGCUGAGGCUGUGGCCUUUCUGACUGAGAAGAACACCAAGGUCCCUAAUGUGUGUGAGACGACGUACUACCAGACGGCACAGAUUGGCAACGACCGAUACAUCAGCGUGGGCAGCCAGGCGGACACAAACGUGAUCGAUCUGACUGGAGACGACAAGGAUGACCUUCAGAGAGCCAUCGCUCUUAGUCUGGAGGAGUCGAACAGGGCCUUCAGGGAGACCGGCAUCACAGAGGAGGAACAGGCCAUCAGCAGGAUAUUGGAGGCCAGUAUAGCAGAGAAUAAGGCCACCUUGAAGAGGUCACACACCGAAGUAUGGAGGGACUCUCCCAACCCCUACGACAGAAAGAGGCAGGACACCUGUCCUGUUGGACUGAAGAACGUGGGCAAUACCUGCUGGUUCAGUGCAGUAAUACAGUCCCUGUUCAACCUGCUGGAGUUCCAGAGGCUUGUUCUACACUACUCCCCGGCUGCACGUGCUCAGGACCCGCCGCGCAAUCAGAAGGAGCGCAGGAACCUGCCCUUCAUGCAGGAGCUGAGGAAUCUCUUCUCUCUGAUGGUGGGCUCUAACAGGAAGUAUGUGGACCCAUCCAGAGCUGUGGAGAUCCUGCAGGAGGCCUUCCAGUCCUCAGACUCCCAGCAGCAGGACGUGUGUGAGUUUACCCACAAGCUGCUGGACUGGUUGGAAGAUGCCUUUCAGGUGACAGCAGAAGAAGCCAGACACACUGCUGUCCAGGCACUAGGGCAGGGUUCCUGCAGCACCAAGCUCAUGGAUUUGUUCCCAGAAGACUCUCAGACUGAUAACAUAGAACCCAGAGAGCCAAAGAACCCGAUGGUGGAGCUGUUCUACGGCCGGUUUGUGGCAGUGGGCGUUCUGGAGGGUAAGAAGUUUGAGAACACAGAGAUGUUUGGCCAGUACCCUCUGCAGGUAAACGGCUUCAGGGACCUGCACGAGUGUCUGGAGGCGGCCAUGGUGGAGGGCGAGAUUGAAUCCCUUCACUCGGCCGAGAACUCGGCCCGCUCUGGGCAGGAGCACUGGUUCACUGAGCUGCCGCCCGUGCUGACGUUUGAGCUGUCCAGGUUUGAGUUCAACCAGGCCCUGGGGCGACCGGAGAAGAUCCACAACAAACUGGACUUCCCACCCAUGCUUUACAUGGACAGGUACAUGGACAAGAACCGGGACAUCACGCGGAUCAAGCGCGAGGAGAUCCGGAGGCUGAAGGAGCACCUGACUGUUCUGCAGCAGCGCCUGGAGAGGUAUCUGAGUUACGGGUCAGGCCCCAAGAGGUUCCCGUUGGCAGACGUCCUGCAGUACGCCCUGGAGUUUGCCUCCAGUAAGCCCGUCUGCACAUCCCCGGUAGAAGACAUCGACUCGGCAACGCCCCCUAGUGGAGCAACGGCAAAACAGCCUCCCCCACACACAAGCCCAGCGGAGCAGGGUGCGUCAGGGUCCGUGGAGGGUGCCGCCCCCCCCUCCCAGCAGAAGACCCCCCCCUUCAAGCCCUUUACCCAGUCCUGCCUGCCCCCCAACCUGCCCAUGCACCCCGCCCCCCGCCACAUCUCAGACGACGAGCUCAGGGUCCUGGAGGGGUGCCUGCACCGCUGGAGGAGUGAGGUGGAGAAUGACACACGAGAUCUUCAGAGCAGUAUAUCCCGGAUCCACAGGACCAUUGAGCUCAUGUACUCAGACAAAAGCAUGAUGCAGGUGCCGUACCGGCUCCAUGCGGUGUUGGUUCAUGAGGGCCAGGCCAUUGCGGGCCACUACUGGGCCUACAUCUUCGACCCGCGCCAGAACGGCUGGAUGAAGUACAACGACAUCUCCGUCACCAAGUCCUCCUGGGAGGAGCUCAUGAGGGACUCGUUCGGAGGCUACCGCAACGCCAGCGCGUACUGCCUCAUGUACAUCAACGACAAGAAGCGCUUCCUCAUAGAGGAGGAGUUUGACGUGGAGACGGGCCUGAUGGUGACUGGGCUGGCCAAGCUCCCGGGAGACUUGCAGAACUACGUGAAGGAGGACAACCUGCAGUUUGAGCGCGAGCUGAAGGUCUGGGACAUGCUGCAGGCCCGCAAGGCCCAUCAGGAGAAGCAGGCUCUGGCCUCCGCUGCUGCUGCUGCCGCCGCCACCACCACCACCGCCGCACAUCCAGCUGGCACGGGCACGGGCACGGGCACAGAAUCAGGAGCGGGAGCAGGAGUGGGCAAAGACACCACACAAACAGACAGUACAGCCCAGCAGCUGGACCCUGAGUAUAUGGAGCAGCAGUCUCCCAUAGACGACUCUCGGCACUUGAGGGAGGAGACCGAGAGGGCCAUCUCCCAGGCAGCCGCAGAGCACGACCCCAAGGGCCCUGAAGUCCUGCUCAACGCGUCCAGUUCCAUCCCUGCUUCCCCGACCCCCCCCUCCCAAGCUCCUGUUCAGGUGCCCCCACCUGCCUCUUGCCCUGAGGCCUCCCCUCUUUCUGAACAGGAGGGUGCAGAUCCCCCCUCCACCACCCAGGUAGCAGAGAUAGCCAUCCCUCAAGUAGGAACCUUCGUCAUUGAGACAGAGGAGGGGGGGUACGAUGACGAGGCGUUGAUGACCCCGGGUAUGCAGGGUGUUAUUAAGGCCGUUGGCAAAACCAGGAAAAUAUAUGACAAGUACGGCCCAGAAACGGCCUUCUUUAAGGCCAUUGAGGUGGAGUACGGCCGUCUGCUGAGGCUGGCCCAGGAGGACACGCCGCCAGAGCGAGACCACCGCCUGCAGCACGUCAUCGUCUACUUCAUCCAGAACGAGGCUCCGCAGAAAAUCCUGGAGAGGACGCUGCUGGCGCAGUUCGCCGAUCGCAACCUGGGCUUUGACGAACGGUGUAAGAGCGUCAUGAAGGUGGCCUGUGCCAAGCUGCAUCUGAUUACACCUCAGGAAGUCAACAUGGAGGAGUAUGAGAUGUGGCACCGGGAGUAUCAGAAGUUUCGGGAGACAACAACAUAUCUGAUGAUUGGCCUGGAACUCUACAAGAAGGAAAACUACGUGGAGGCGCAAGUGUAUCUCAUCUACUCGUACCAGUUCAACAGGGAGCUACUGUCGAAAGGUCAAUACCGGGGUCACGAUGAAAAGCUCAUUGCCCACUACCGCCGGGAGUGUCUGCUGAAACUGAACGAGCACGCCGCGCGCCUGUUUGAGUGUGGCGAGGAGCCGGAGGUGGUGUCCGGCCUGACCAUUAUGAACGAGCUGGUGGUGCCCUGCAUCCCUCUGCUCCUGCUGGACGACAUGGAGGAGAAGGACCUCAUCGCCGUAGAGGACGUCCGCAACCGCUGGUGCUCCUACCUGGGCCAGGAGAUGGAGCCGAAUCUGCAGGAGAAACUGACGGACUUCCUGCCCAAGCUCCUGGACUGCUCCACGGAGAUCAAGAGCUUCCUGGACCCGCCCAAGCUGGGCGCCUACUCCACGCAGGAGCUGUGCGAGCGCUUUGGCCGCGUCAUGGCCGCCCUAAGUCGCAUCCCUGCCGACGGCAGAUGAACCCCUCGCCCAGCACGCACACUCACACACUCACACACUCACACGCUCACUCACACACUCACACACACACACACACACACACACACGGGCCUUCGCUUCGGUCACGUCAUAUGGCCUCCCUGAGACACAUCCCUGCAGAUGAAACCCCAACCCUGGCCCCCCCAACACAAACACACACACACACUCACACACACACCCUUAAACCCAGGCCUUCCUUAAACCAGGGGUUUGUCUAGCUGUUACUCCUUUUGUUUGUUUUUCUUUUGCUGCUAUAGGUUUAAUCAUUUUCAUCAUCAGCAUUAUUAUUAUUAUUAUU